GAUAGAUUAAACGAUGAAAUUAAUUUUACCACUUUAACGCCGCCUAAACUUGGUUCCAGUCGAGCUAAAUAUCAUUAAUCUUUAGAUUUUCAUCCUCUUGAAGCCUGUGCUAACUAUUCUGCAAGCCAAUAGAUUCUUCUCACCAUUCAUCAAGUCGAUACACAUUUCGAACACGAACAGCAUGAAGCUUCAAGCCAUCAAUUCAAACCCAAAAAUCUCCUUUCCUUCUUCUUCUAAUUCACAGUUUGCCUCGAAAAAUAUUCAAAACCACCCAGGUUCAUGUUCACUGUUACAAAACAGUAACUGUAAAUUUAGUAGAAUAAACAUCAAUUGCUAUAAACCCAUCUCCAUUUCAGCUAGCUAUGGAGGUAGGGAAUCAGAAAGUGGAGAUGAUGUCACAAGUUCUCCGGCAAAGGCCCUCCGGAGAGUUCUGGGCUCUCCGGGAAUCCACCUGGGUCCGGCCUGUUUCGAUGCUCUUAGCGCUAAGCUUGUGGAGAGAGCUGGGUUUGAUCUCUGCUUUACUACUGGAUUCGGCAUAUCAGCUGCUCGGUUGGGAUUGCCAGACACUGGAUUAAUUUCUUACGGAGAGAUGGUGGAUCAAGGACGGCAAAUAACUCAAGCCACGUCCAUACCUGUUAUUGGGGAUGGAGAUAAUGGAUAUGGUAAUGCUAUGAAUGUCAAGAGAACGAUCAAAGGUUAUAUUAGAGCAGGCUUUGCAGGAAUAAUUCUCGAAGAUCAGGUAUAUAUUGCUGUAGAGUUCUCUUUCAACGUCUCAUCUACUGCAUCAAUCUUCUCUAGUAUCUUUGUUUAUCAAGUAUAUAAUACAUGGUCUGAUGUCUCUUAUCUCUUGAUAUCUUCCAUGAAAUUAUUAUUAUUCUUUUUACUUGAAAAAUUUCUUACUGCUUCGUUCUUUCAGGCUGGGUUUUUGGAUGGAAUCACGAAUAUAGUACCAGCUUUAGGGGGCAUAAACAUAAAGGCAUUACUUGAUGAUGCAGCUUCAGAAGUGGGAGGCAAGCAGUUAUUAGAUUUCAAUGAUACCAUGGGCGAUCGGAUUCAAGUCUUUCUGGAGUAGAUGAUAUGGUAACUUUUCGAAAUCUAUGUACUUGUGGAAUACCUUUCCAAUAUAUCUAAAUCGAGCACCACUGGACUUUCAAAAGCUUCCAGAAAACUGUUAAAAGAGUCGCUAUAUUUUAACCUUUGAGCAAUAUCUUACGUGUUUUGUAA